GAAGUCCGGACCUGUGAUACACGGCGGCUACCAUAGACAGUCAACAAGUGAUUGUUUCUUCAUAAGUUUAUGUUACACCUGCUGAAAGGCAUCGAUUUAUUGCACCAGAAUCGUAAUGGCCGACACAUCUUCAGAAACAGCGCAAAACAUUACCAGUGGCGUUGAUGCGCAGGAUGAUAUAGGACUCGCAGGUCAAGAUGGCGGACAAAGUGACGCACACACUCCUCGAAGUCAACGGAAUAGUCAAGACGGAGAUCGGCCGGGUGCAGAUGAUGGUGGAGACAGUGAUGUCAAUGUUGACCACGUUCAUGAGGUUGAGGAGGACGGGAACCAGAGAGCGGAAGGAGAAGGGGGACACCCGGGCGAGGAGGGCGUGGUUCGGGCAAGGUAUUGUGGGUUGUGUGAGGAAGGUCACCCCGCAGAAGGCAGGUGCAUGAAUUGUUGUGAAGACCUCUGUACUAACUGUAUUAAAUAUCACGAAAGACUCCGAGUCACGGCUCUUCAUAAUAUCCUCCUGUUCGAGCCGGGGGCCACCAGUGACAUUGUGGUCCCUACCAGGUCCAAUACGGACUGUCAUAAGCACAACGAACCACUCAAGUUUUACUGCCAGACUUGUAAGCAAGCAGUGUGUAGAGACUGCAUCCUGACAGCACACAAGGGCCACCAGGCCGUUGACCUGACAGACGAAGUGGACAAUGCUAAAAAAGAAGCAGAGCGACUUUUAAAGAGGGUUCAGAACAGCGUCCGUCGGUCAGAGCGGGAAAUGGGGGAUCUGAGGACCUACCAUGCUGAAUUCCUGGACAAAGUCCGGAAGGUGUCCGACGUGAUUGACAAGCUCCAUACAGCGGUGCUCCAGAGGGUGGAGAGGUCCUACCAGGAACUCACUCAGAUGAUAGCAGCGACCAAGGAGGACGAAGUGAUGCGUCUGGAGCAGAUUGAAGAGUUCCUACAACAACGGUUGCUGUCUGCGUCUGACUUCACUGCUGUGGCUGACCACGUGCUGACGAGCCAGGAUGGGAUUGACGUCAUGUUGAAGCUAGACAUGAUGAAGCAAUCUGUAACGCCUGUCUGCCAACAUGCCGACUUCCAGAAGGGACAUGCUGAAUUCUUCUUGGCGAAAAACCCACGGUUCACCUGCAAUACCGCCGACAAUAUUCUGGGGCGGGUGGCCUUCUCUUUAAUGUGGCCCCCUGUAACCAAUACCCCAGAGAGACGGGCAUUCAUACGAGAAAUCAGGCUUAAAAGAGAAGUAGCGUUUCAUAUUUGGGAGAUGCAUUGCACUAAACCGUCGGUCAGAGGGAUUGUUGAGGGUCCCAAUGGGGUUGUAUGGGUCGCGACCCCUCGUUCCCUUCUCACCAUUGGAGUCAACGGUGAACGUAAGAACAGUGUCCAUCUUACAACCGACAUAGCAAGCAUUACCGGAGGACCAGACGGGAGGCUCCUUGUGGCGUUCAUACAAGGUAAUACCAACAAGAUUUUGUAUCAGGACAAUUGGUCCAACUUUGCCCCCGUACCGGGACCCAUGCCUUCGAUAGCUAGUAGCAUAGAUGGACAAAGAAUUCUGGUGCCUCAGAUGUGCCACGGCGCGCCCCGAUUGCUGGUCAUUUGUAAUCAAGGCAAGGACAUCGUGGACGUCGACCUCCCCCCACAGCUCGCCAGCGACUUUGACAUCCCAAGCUUUAGUGUAGGACCUGACGGCGAGGUCGCUAUGUGCAUCGGUAAACGUGACAUGGUCGUUAUCCUGACGCCGUCCUUCAAGUACAAGAGUGACUACCACGGGCCCGAUGGCGUCUUGUACCCCAGGAGCAUCUGUUACGACAAGCUGGGCCAUCUCAUCGUCGCCGACAGCAAGAGAUGUAAUGUUCAGCUUGUCAGUAAGGAUGGACGGUUCUUGUCCUACCUGCUAAACAAGGAGGAUUUUCAAGACAUCGGGUCACCAACUGCCGUGACCGUCGAUAAUCGGGGGAGGCUGUGGAUUGGAACCGGGAAUGGCAAUGUGUGUGCCUACACCUACAUGCACGACAUUCUGUGACGGCAUUGUGUGUGCCUACACCUACAUGCACGACAUUCUGUGACGGCAUUGUGUGUGCCUACACCUACAUGCACGACAUUCUGUGACGGCAUUGUGUGUGCCUACAGCUACAUGCUCAUUUUGUGCCUACAGCUACAUGCACGACAUUCUGUGACGGCAAUGUGUGUGCCUACACCUACAUGCACGACAUUCUGUGACGGCAUUGUGUGUGACUACAUCUACAUGCACGACAUUCUGUGACGGCAAUGUGUGUGCCUACACCUACAUGCACGACAUUCUGUGACGGCAAUGUGUGUGCCUACACCUACAUGCACGACAUUCUGUGACGGCAUUGUGUGUGCCUACAUCUACUUGCACGACAUUCUGUGACGGCAUUGUGUGUGACUACAUCUACAUGCACGACAUUCUGUGACGGCAUUGUGUGUGACUACACCUACAUGCACGACAUUCUGUGACGGUAUUGUGUGUGACUACAGCUACAUGCUCAUUUUGUGCCUACAGCUACAUGCACGACAUUCUGUGACGGCAAUGUGUGUGCCUACACCUACAUGCACGACAUUUUGUGACGGCAAAACGUGUUUCUACACCUACAUGCACGACAUUCUGUGACGGCAUUGUGCGUGCCUACACCUACAUGCACGACAUUUUGUUACAGCAACGUGUGCUCCUACACAUACAUGUACGACAUUCAUUCGUUAUUGAAUUGCUACCACAUGCUAAGAUUGACAAGAAAUCAGCGACACCAAGCCCUUGGACGAUUGCAAGCUGGAAAAACCGCCCGGCAAGU